AAGCAAGGAAUCUACUGUGUUUCCAAUUAACGAAUCAAUAAUGGCGAUACUAGAAGAGUUACGGAAUGCAGACGAAGGUUUACUAUACGAAGUAGAUGAACACGGCGAACAGGAGCUGGUCAGGUCACUGGAAUCAACUCAUCAAGUGUUUAUACGUUAUACUAAUGUCACUUCACGACCUGUGAAUGUGUGGUGGAGAGAUUUCUCCGGACUUCGGCGUUUCUACGCCUGUCUGGAGCCGACCGAGUUUUGCGAUAUUAACACUUUCGCUACUCAUCCUUGGGAGUUCACGGACGUGGCCACAGGCGAGCGCUACAAUGUCUGCGCGCAAGCCAUCUUUAGACCACCAAUAAGCCCUGAUGAUGCGCGUUUCAGAAGCAAUUGGAAUAUAAGUGUGAGUCUCCGCUCGCUCCGAGACACUGCCCUGUUGCAAGUAGCGCUAUCUGUGCCUAACCUGCAGCAGGUAGACUCAUUAGACCUCCCGAGGGCACUUUCCGAGGAUGUCAAGCAACUUGUUCAAGUUAUUCAAGUGCCCAAAGAGACGCAAGGCCAGGAUCCAUGACA